AUAUAGUUACCUCCUGUCGUCUCUGCAAGCAGUCCACUCGUUCAGAUCACAAUCUUGGACGAGGAGCGUGCCUCCAAGAAACUCUCCUCACACAACCUCCAAGCCGCCCUGGAAGGUCUUCAUCGAGAUGGCGUAUGCGUCAUUACCAACGGCGUUGAUCCCGCUCAUCUUGACAAGCUGAAUGAGCGCAUGGUCCCCGAGGCCCAGACUCUAUAUGCCAACCCGCAAACCUACCGCAACUUUGGUCCCCGCACGGGCAACAUCCAGCAGGAGCCCGUGGUAGACGAAGAAUACAUGUUUGAAGACAUCAUUGCCAACCCCUGGGCCACUGCCAUCACAGAAUGCAUGCUGGGACCCAACCCGCACUUACGCUUCUACAGCGCCAACACCGCCUUCAAAGCCGAGGACCGGCAACCAGUACACGUUGACGUGCAUUUUGACUUUCCCAAGAUCCCCUUUGGCUUCUGCAUCAACAUCAAUCUGGUGGCAACCUCGCCGGAGAAUGGCGCAACUGAGCUCUGGCCCGGUAGUCAUCGGGACGCUGAUCAUAGGGACAGCGAUAGCACCGGGGUGAUUUCGGAUCUGGUCGAAGCCCGCCGCAAGAUUUCUCCCCCGGUGCAGCCUUCGCUGCCUAAGGGAGCCGUGAUCAUUAGAGAUUUUAGACUGUGGCAUGCAGGCAUGCCGAACCGCACUGAUGACCCUCGCGUCAUGCUGGUGACGAUUCACUUCCCGGCGUGGUAUCGCACAGACCAAAAGUUUGUGCUGCCUAAGGGUAUGCAAGGGAAGGUAGACUGGGGGAAUUUGGUGCCGUGUGUCGAGUGGGUGGACGAAGACUAUGAUUAUCUGCAGGGCAAACAUGACCAUGACUUUACUUUGCAGCCGUAA